ACACUCCCUACAUUCUCUCUCUCUCUCUCUCUCUCUCUCUCUCUCUCACAGAAAGAUAAAAAAGAAAGAAAAACUUCCAUAGCUAAAAUCCAAGAGAGAAGCUUAAAGAAAGCUACUUCAUUUCUAUACAUCAACCAUUUCUUUCUCUUUCUCUUUCUUUUUCUCUUUCUCUUUUAUUAUCUUAUCCUUCCAUCCCUAAUGAGUCUCUUAGAUAUAGAGCAGCAGCAGUAGUCUUUAUUACUUCUUUCUUGUUUUCUUUUGUUUUGUUUGUUCAUAUCCUUCUUCCUAUACAAUAAUUUCCUGUCUUCUUGAUCCUAUAAUACAAAGCCUAAGAAUUAAUAUGGCUUUUUAGGUUCCUUUUUCUUGGUUCUUGUACUUUGUUUGUUUGCGUUGGUUUCUCUCUUGUGAUAAUUGAACUUUCUUUUUUUCUUUUUGGAUAAAUUAUCUUCAUGUUUUCCCAAUUGAAUUCUUUUUCAUUCAUGGGGGUAUCGAAUUCUGAGAUGUUAUUAUCUGAGAAGGAUCUGAGUUCUAUGGAAUUCAAUUUCCUUGUAAGACCCGCAUUAAAAUUUGAAGAUGAGUGUGAUAUUGCACCUUUACAAAUCAGUAGUGAUCCCGACGACCUUCCUGAAGAAGACGAAGAAGAAGAAGUGCAAGAACAUCAAGAAGAUAAAUGCAAGUUGUUGAUUUCCACUUUGAAAAUAAAAUUGCCAUCUUUAGGAGAAUUCAAGAUUCAAGAACAAGAACAAGAACAACAAGAUCUUGAUGAUGGAUGCAAGACUCCUACAUCUUUGAAUCACAAAAUUCCGACGCUUCUUCCAUGUCCACCUGCACCAAGAAAACCUAAAUCCCUUCCAUCAAAUAAAAGAAAAUCCCCGGCUCGUCGAAGAGUUCUUCUUGAUCUAUCCAACGAGAUUGAAUCUUUAUUCCCUCCAGCUCUCCGUGCUGAUCUCGGUGCAAAGAUUAAGAAAGUUAGACAAGAAAAUGACACCAAAUGUGAGGGUACUAAUUAAUCAAAUAUCUAUAUCUAUAUAUAUAUAUUAAUAUAUAUAUCUGUAUCUUUAUUAUAUGAUGUUAAUUAAGUUAUAGUCA